AUGGCACCCAAGAAGAACAAAUCGAACGGCAAGGGAAACGCAGUAAAUCCGGCGGCAGUUCCAGCAGCAGAUUCGGUAGCAGCACCGACGGCAGGUCCGUCCAGAGCAAGAUCCUCGAGGAAGGGUCGUGAAACUGUUGGUGGACGCAAGCGGAGACGGGCUGACACAGAUAUCGCUGAAGACGAAACAGGUGAAGAGAACGAUAGUGCUGACGAAGAGGGACUAGAACAGGAGGCAGCGCAAGCGGCCGGUCCGUUAGCGACAAAUGGCUUAGGCAGAGAUCGCAAGACUGCUGGUGGUCGCAAGCGUAGACGAGCGCAGCCAGCCGUCGACCCAGACCAAGAGCAUGCUGUUUUUGACGUAGAACAGCCCGAGCUCGUGGCAGAGCCGGCAGAGAAACCGCCAGCCGCGCGAAUUUUGGCCGCCCAAGAAUCUACCACCGAUAUUACGCUCAAGGACGGUGAGGCCAGACUGACUGUGCGCCUCCAGGUCUCUCUCGAUGAGGACAGCAGCAGUCGCCUGGCCUACCAUGCGAGACUCUACGUUUCGUACAUUGACCGAGAUGAUGUUGACGAAGGAGGUGAGUAUGCUGGCUACAUCAGCUCGUGGCGUAUUGACAAGCCAACAGCCGCGAAGAUGAAUGCCAAAGCAUCAUGGACUGACGAACUACUGCCGCCGAAAGCCAGUAAAGGCAAGGGCGGUAUCUCCGAAACGGCGAAGUGUCUUCAAGCCUUAUUCGACAAGGAUGGAAGCCUGAGUAAGAAUGUUGAAGACGCUGAAGUUUGCAAGAGUCUCGAGGACGAGAGCCUGAUGUUCAUCGGCAUGAUCUACUUCGAGCCAGGCUUCCGUGGUAAAGGACUUCUGGCUUCAGCUUUCGAUGGAUAUUAUACCUCGCUACGUCAGCUCCCGGAAUGGUUUGCUUUUGCUGGUAACAUUGUACUUGUCCCUGCUAAGCCAGUGGAGCACCAGGCUGCUUGGGGAAAGACGCCGGACGACGAGGUCGAGAAGAUUCUGAUAGGCACGUAUGAGAAGGCUGGAUACACCAGAUUGGCUGACGCCGAGCUAAGGAUCGGACCUGGGAAGUUUGAGAGACUUGUCGUGAUGGGGAGGAUGGUCAAAUAG